AUGGAUCUUGUAGACUCACCUAUUAGCUUCUACCAAGCCAGAACAGAGAGAGAAGCCUCCGACAAACAAAUGUUGUGGCACGAUGAAAUUUGCAAGAAUAUGGCAGUCGUAGAUGGAUAUGAGCGUGUCGGGGUUCUUAUCAUCAAAUGGAUCAACCAUUUGGACCAAUUGGACUGUGAGCAAGAGGUCAAACAACUGGAUGCACUAUUCAAAAACCGCUUCCAUUAUGAGACACGGAUCGCAGAACUGACCGCAAAAACUAAUCCUUCACUGCAACUCAUGAGUGCUGUGGUAGAAUUUGCUAGGGAGUAUGACGGCCCAAGCAAUUUGGUGAUUGUCUACUAUACCGGACAUUCAGAAUACAAUAAGGACUUGGAUGCUCUUGUGUCUGCAAAAUGCAUCGCCAACCAUGAAGUCUGCUCCGAGGGAUGCUCUUACCCACCCUGCGCUUUCUGGCCGGAUGCGGAGAGUGUUCUUUUGGGGCCUCUUGACGCCGAUGCUUUGACGAUCUUGGAUACCUGCUUCGCCAGCAACUCACACAAAGGAGGAGCUUCCACAAAUCGCGCGUACCAAAUGCUGGCAGCAAGCGGGUUAGAUCGAACGACAUCUGGUCCUGGGCCAAAAUCUUUCACAGCCGCUAUGAUAGAUUCACUCAGCGACUUACUGGAUGAGCAAAUGUCGUUCAACAUAUGGAAGCUUGUAGAGAGAAUCAACACGAAAGAGUACAGGCGCAAGAAUCCAGCCUUUGUGUAUGAUCGUCUCAAAAUGCACAAAGAUUGGAUCACACUCAGCCCAUUGGACCAAAAAGAGCGUGCAAAGGCUCACCGAAAUUCAACUGGAACCGGGAACCUAACAUCUCUGACGUUGGAAUUUGUCCUGGGACAAAGAUCGCUUUCAGAAACCGAAGUGAAGGAACUGGCCCGACACGUUGCCAGAGCUUGUAAAACGGCUAAAGUCAAGACACGCAACGUCAAGUGGAUUGAUUUCAAGCAGCGAAAUACCUUUAAGCAAGUGGCGAGAAGUUCCCAUUUUAUUGCUCGAAUGGGAUCGUUCGCACGUUCGCGCCAAUCAAGCACUCCUGCUGCACAGCAGGAAAAUGCCAUGACUGCGCCGCCGACGCCCAUGGGGGGUAUUUAUACCGACCAUCUCAAUAUCACGAGCGGGGAUACGCAUAUCGACAGCAAAAACACGCUAGUCGGUGCAAAGAACACGGGCACUGUUCGUUCGUCAGGGAGAUCAUCAAAGCGUCGGAAUGUGCAGACAGAGUCGCCUACCAAGUAG